AUGUACAAUCUUCUGGGGAAAAUUGGUGGUGAUUCUGAUUUAUCGCCUCGUGGUCGUAAAUAUGCUAAAGCAUUACCAAAACUUAUCCAAGAGAAACUAGGAGAUCAGCCUUUAACAGUGUGGACAUCAACUAUGAAACGUACAAUACAAACUAGUGAAUAUUUACCAUAUCCAAAAUUAAAAUGGAAAUCAUUGGAUGAAUUAGAUGCUGGUGUUUGUGAUGGUUUGACAUAUGAAGAAAUUGAGAAAAGAUAUCCCGAAGAUUAUGCUAAUCGAGAUGAAGAUAAAUUUAGUUAUAGAUAUUGUGGCGGUGAAUCCUAUAGAGAUGUUGUACUUCGACUCGAACCAGUGAUAAUGGAAUUAGAAAGACAACAAAACAUUUUAAUAAUUGGACAUCAAGCAAUUCUUCGUUGUAUCUAUGCAUAUUUUCAUAAUUUACCACAAAAAGAUUUACCAUACGUCAGAAUUCCUUUACAUAGCGUUAUCAAAUUAACACCUAAAGCAUACGAAUGUAACGAAGAUAGAUAUAAAGUUGAUAUAGAUGCCGUAGAUACUCAUCGACCUCAACCAACGCUCAAAACAAAAAAACAACAGCAAUCGAUUGUAAAUGGAACUAGCACCAAUCUAAUGUCAUCACCCAUAACUACAACAAAUAAAUACUAA